AUGGACCUGGGGCGGGAGGGGGUGUUUGUGGGGAGCGACGGCCCCUGGAGCUUCAGCAGCAAAUGGAACUCUUGGCGGCGCCGCAAAUACAACACUCAGUCCCAAGACACGCACUUCCUCGCCUGCAGCAGCGCGAAAGGCGUCAACUACUUCAAAAGGUGCAGCAGCAGGAGCAGCAGCAGCAGCGGCAGCAGCAGCAGCAGCGGCAGCGGGCGGGUUGUUGUGGUAGCAGCAGGAGGGGUGGUAGCUGCAGCAGCGGCAGCAAGAGAUGUAGCAGCAGCAGCAGCAGUAGUGGUGGUAGUGGAAGGGGUAGCAGCAGCAGCAGCAGCAGCAGUAGGGGUAGUGGCAGCAGCAGCAGCAGCAGCAGUAGGGGUAGUGGCAGCAGCAGCAGCCGCUGCUGCUGCUGCAUCAGCGGUAGUGGCAGCACCAGUGGAGGCCUUAGGUGUGGGAGGAGUGCGAGCUGAGCUGAUUACUUGGCCGCAGCACGUGUUUGCUGUUCAAUGGCAAGAGGAUAACGUACACCGCAUCCGGUGGUUUAGAGCUGCCUACGGAAUUAAAAGGGCGAAAAAGGCGGCAGAGACUUUCAGGCGAACGCUAGAGGCAGUUGGCCGUGUGGACGGGGAGCGCAGCGAGAGGCAAAUAAGAGAAAAGGAAAGAGCCAACAGAGAGGCAUUGCGUCUGCGGAAGAAGUUGUUUAAAAAGAUAUCUUCAGGGCAAUUCUAA